CAAUGAUUCGAAUGGUUAAUGAACUGAUAACGAAUUAGUGAAUACUGAAUAGUGAAUUCAAAAUACAAAAAAUGUCAAAUAUAAAAAAUAUUACUGAUUACUGAUUAUUAUUAUUUUUUGUACAAUUUGAAUUGUACAAUCUCGGCAGUUAUCUCCGAGUACCGACAUUAAUAUUUUACAUAAAACAUUUUAUUCUAUACAACUCUACGUCCUCACUCGACAUUCUAUAAUAUAUUACCUAUACAGUUGUUAUGCAGUGCUCAUAGUUCAGAUAUUACGAUCGUAUGAUAUAAAUUGUACAAUAUAACAUUAAAACAGUUACAUAUACAUAUACGUAUAUUGUACACAAGCUAUAACGGCAACUAACAACCGUAAUCGUAGCAUAAGUUGCAUUCAACCUGGUGAUUAUUGUUGGUGAUCACUACUUAUGUCAUUGCGGUUACUGGUUUGACGCGUAAACGUCCGUGGUUCAUAUUUUCUGGUUUAUGAACGCUCGAAGUGUUUCCUUUUAUUGAAAUUUAUUUGUUAGUUUGUUACUAAAAAUCAAUACCUAAAUAAAAUUAAAAUGUCGAAAAGUAAGAAGCAACAAAAUUCUCUUCCAAUUCAAUUAGUAAAAAUAUUCAGUUAUAUUGAUGAAAAUGAAAAGACAUUUGUGAAAACAUUAUCAAACGCAGUUUCAAUUAAAUCUGUAUCGGCAGAUCCAGAUUUAAGAAAUGAUGUUGUUAAGAUGAUGAAAUGGGCUGAUGUAAAAUUACAAGGACUUGGCGCGACCACUGAACUUUGUGACAUAGGUGUACAGGUAUUAAAUGACAAAACUGUACCACUACCUCCCAUUUUACUUGGCACAUUAGGUAAUGAUCCCAAAAAGAACACUAUUUGUUUAUACGGCCAUUUAGAUGUGCAACCGGCUGACAUAUCUGACGGAUGGGAUAGUGAACCAUUCAUAUUGACUGAAAGAAACAAUAAAUUGUAUGGAAGAGGUUCUACAGAUGAUAAAGGUCCAGUUCUUGGAUGGUUUCAUGCUAUUGAAGCAUUCCAAAAUACUGGAACUGACUUGCCUGUUAAUCUUAAGUUUGUUUUUGAAGGAAUGGAAGAAUCUGGCAGUAUAGGUUUAGACGAGUUACUUGUUAAGAAGAAAAAUACAUUUUUUAAUGAUGUAGACUAUGUUUGUAUAUCUGAUAGUUACUGGUUGGGUACAGAAAAACCUUGUUUAACUUAUGGACUUCGUGGUAUGUGUUGUUUUGGUGUAGAAAUUGAAGGUUCAAGUAAAGAUUUACAUAGUGGAAUGUAUGGUGGGACUGUAUAUGAAGCUAUGUCGGAUUUAAUUUAUGUUCUCAAUCAAUUAGUAGAUGUAAAAGGAAAUAUUUUAAUUCCUAAUAUUAAUGAAGAUGUAGAACCAUUAAAUGAAAAAGAAAAAGAGUUAUAUGAUAAAAUAGAAUUUGAUGUUGAUACAUACAUUAAAGAGAUUGGCGCUACUAAGCCAUUGCAAGAAACAAAAGAACAAUUAUUGAUGAGUAAUUGGAGGUAUCCAAGUUUAUCAAUUCAUGGAAUUGAAGGAGGAUUUUCAGGUCCAGGAUUUAAAACCGUUAUUCCCCGUAAAGUAAUUGGAAAAUUCUCUAUCCGAUUGGUACCAAAUCAAGAACCACUGAAAAUUACAGAAAUAGUGAAAAGUUAUAUUCAGAGUAUUUGGGAAAAACGUCAAAGUCCUAAUAAGUUAAAAGUUAUUACUGAAGGGGAUGGUGGUAAUUGUUGGAUGACAGAUCCAUUUAAUCCUCAUUAUUUAGCAGCCCAUAAAGCUACAGAGUCUGUGUAUAAUAUUGAACCUGAUUACACUAGAGGUGGUGGAUCAAUCCCUGUUACACUGACUUUACAAGAAGUAACUGGUAAAAAUGUUUUACUCUUGCCAAUGGGGUCUGGAGACGAUGGAGCUCAUUCUCAAAAUGAAAAAAUUGAACUGAGGAACUACAUUGAGGGAACUAAAUUGAUGGCUGCUUAUUUCUAUGAAGUUUCCAAAAUUAAUAAAGCCAACUAAUAAUUUGGAACUAAAUAUUAAAUUUAUUUUAUUAUUUUUAUUAUCAACAAUUAUUUUAAUACAUCAAUUUAUAAUAUUGUUACAUUACAAGUAUAAGAAUCAUUUUUGUUUGUAUUUUAAAAAUGGUUCUACAAAAUUCAUACUAUUAUCAAGUUUUCAUGACAAUUUUUAAUUUUUGUAUAAUACCAAAAUGGUUAUCUUAUGAUACUCAUUUUAUAUUUACUAUUUUUAUUUAUGUAACAAACUUAUAAUUAUAAACAGAAAUUAAUAAAAACAUUUGGUUUCUGAACCAAUCUGCCUAUUUCAAUUAUA